GGAUUAUCCCAGUAAGGUCAUACUAAAAACUUUUAGCGUUGUUUUUUCAACAAUUUUUUUUAAAAACAUGCACAUAGUUCUUUGAAUAACCUGUUUCGAACUUCAAAAUGAGCACUCCUCGCAAGAACUUCAACAACUCGUAUCCAUCGCAAGCAGCUGAUUACAGAACACAGCAAUUCGGAGGCCAAAAGAAUCCGCAAAGCCAAAACUUUGGCUUCUACGAGGACAAGAAGGGACAUCAGAAGUCCCAACAGAAUACUCCCCAUUUCUACCAGAACAUUUCACCACAGGAAACACAAAGACAUCGGCCCUACGGACAGGCCAGGAACUUCGGGCGUGGCGGCAACUUUAAUCGAAGAUACCAAUCAAACUGGGAACAGAAUCAGAGGAACUACAAUAACAGGGAGUACAAUCCUAGCCGAAGUUCGUCGGGACAGUAUUUUCAUCCCUCCAUGUUAGAGGAUCCAUGGAGAGAGCUGAUGGAUCAUCACGAAGCCAUUCACGGUCUCAGCUGUAGCGAAACUCCUCCGGAAGAGGUCGAGGCUUCUUAGGCAAAAAUGUAUCUUACGCGACUAACAGCUACACAACUGGAACGUAGGAUUUAUCGUUUUAUAGAAUUAAGCAACAGUUUCCCAUUAAUGAAACUCGUGUAUACAAUAAUAAUCUUAAGGCUAAA